AAAGGAAAGACCCAAGUGGCGGAUAACGAAAAACGCCUCCCCCACACUAGCGCGUUAGGCAGGUGCGAACUCCCUCGCUGCUACAAUACUUCGCCACCUUCCCACCAUCAUUAAAACCUAAACAGAACUCCCCCUCCUCUCCCUCCACAACACCACUCUUCAUCUCUCCAUUGGAGUCCAAUUCCAUGCUCUCCCAUUACUAGGAGAAUACCUCAUUGAGUUGUGGAGGAACUCCAUUUUUUUUCUAAAUACACUCAACAGUAGUAGUUGGAUGGUAGAAGUAUGGAGGACCACCCCAGAAGACAUGGCCAGCAGCAGCAGAGUGCAAUAGGAUCGAAGUUGAAGAUCCUUCUGCUCGUAAUUUCGACUAAUAUUGUUUCUAUCUACCUCUUCUCGGCCUCCUCAUUGGAGUCUGCCCCCCGGAUCCACCUUUGGGACUCGGAGGCCCUCCUCCGAGAGCUCAGCUCGACACGACACAAGCUGUCCGCCAGCGAAAAGCAGCUUGCCGACCUCCACCGCCGGCUGUCCACCUCAAAUACCCUCCUUGAGGCCCUCCUCGAUGAGCUUGGCAAGGCCCAUGGCGACAAGACCCCGCCGGAGGAUCUCGACGGCUGGCAAAAUGUGCUCUCCGGGGAGCUCAAGCUUGCGGUCGGGCCGCAUAAGCUCCCUCUUGGAUUUACUGCCAAUCUCGGGACCGACGAGCUCUACCCGACGCUCGGCUCUCCCUGCCGGCGAUUCCAAGCGGAGCUGACCGAGUACAUGUCUUAUGAAGUCGGCAAGGAUUGCCCGAGCGACGACAUCUUCGCGCAGAGAUUGAUGCUCAAAGGGUGUGAGCCGCUCCCCCGCCGGCGAUGCCAUCCGAAAUCUCCUGACGGGUAUGUCGAGCCCACCCCAUUUCCGGCAAGCCUUUGGACAAUCCCGCCGGACACCAGCAUCGUCUGGGACGCAUACAGCUGCAAGAAUUACAGCUGCUUGGUUCAUAGAGGCAAGGCAAAAGGGUCCUAUGACUGCAAGGAUUGCUUUGACUUGAAUGGCCGGGAGAAGGUCCGGUGGCUCGGCGACAACGGCAAUCUCGACUUUGGAAUUGACAGUGUCUUGGGGACCAAACCACCGGGAACGGUCCGAAUUGGCCUCGACAUCGGCGGUGGCACCGCCACAUUCGCAGCCCGGAUGCGGGAGCGCAAUAUCACCAUUGUCACAAGCACUAUGAACUUUGAUGGGCCAUUCAAUAGCUUCAUCGCGUCGAGAGGCCUCGUGCCGAUGCACAUCAGCAUCGCCCACCGGCUUCCCUUCUUCGACAACACGCUCGACAUCGUGCAUUCGAUGCAUGUUCUCAGCAAUUGGAUCCCUGACAUUGUGCUUGAGUUCGCGCUCUAUGACAUCUACCGGGUGCUACGGCCGGGGGGGCUCUUCUGGCUUGAUCACUUCUUCUGCCUCGGCACGCAGAUGAACACCAGAUAUCUGCCCAUAUUCAGUAGCAUUGGAUUCAAGAAACUGAGGUGGAACACCGCACGGAAGCUCGACCGGGGAAUAGAGAUGGAUGAGUGGUACAUGUCUGCACUGCUGGAGAAGCCAAUGACCUGAUGAGUUCAUGACCAAUGACUAAGAUCAAAUGCUGGAACUGGAUGAGGGGUUUGUGAGUACUAGCAGACAUAAGGAAGAAUAAAUUCAGUAGGGAUCAGCAGCAACAGGCACAUAUGGGCAGUAUGUAUGUGCUGUCGACCAUUGUUCUGGAAAACAAAUUGCAUAAAUAGGAACUUCAAAUUUCCACAGCUUUUCCAGUUUAGCAAUUGACUUUAACCUGUAUUUUGAGUCUUCAUCAAAGUGGGGGGAGAAUCCAGUUUCUGAUU